UUCGUAGGUAGGUGAAUCAGGUCUGAAAGAGGAAGCAGGAUGUCAUGAAGGCGUGUUACCAACGACUCACUAUGCAAUGACUCUGUGUCUCUGUCUUCCCAUACUGUGGGCCAGUGCUUCCAACAAGGACUCUGGGAAAUGACUCUCGCACUACUCCUGCUUUUGGCAUUGACAGCUAGCUGGACUAGACGUGGUAGGUGCUCAGCCAGAAUUCAAUCUGAAGACAAAGAACAGACAGAGACGAACACAGAAGACUCAAUUUUAGAAGAAAAUCUCGUAGCAGGAGUCGUAGAAGAAGACCCAGAGAAUCAUGGGAACGUGUCAGGCUCUGGAGAUGGAAGGACCCAGGCUUCCAUUGAAUUAGGCUCUGCACAGAGUAGUGAGUCCAGUGGUGUGGACAUAGAGCCGACUGUUGGAGCUAACACAGAAACAGAUCUAAACCCAGUCGUCAUGAUCAUCAUACCCCUGGUCCUCACAAUCGUCAUCAUUGCUGUGAUUUUAUGUGGAGUCAUCAUCUCCUACAGGUGGACAACUAACGAUUUUGUUGCAGAAGAAGAUCCUUAUUUGGACCAUGAAGACCAUGAAAAGGUGCCAAUGCCCAUGUUUGAGGAUGAUAUUCCGUCAGUGAUGGAGCUGGAAAUGGAAGAUUUAGAAAACUGGAUGGCAAAAGAUGGAGGCACGAACGUGGACACUGGCCAGAUUUAAUGAAAAGCGUUUCAACACAAACACAGACUCUCUCAUUCUGUCAAGUUUGCUUUGACGAGGCUGUGUAUGAAGAACAGAAUAGAUGUGAAUGCUGACUUCUGACCCCUGGAUCCAUGCUGCCAGCAGUGACAUCUGGUAGUCAUUACAGCAGGCAUGCAUGGAAGUGUGGCUCAGACCAGGCCAAAGAUGAGGAGGGCCUCUCUUGUUUUCCUCUUGCAUGCUCUUUGCGCUCUCUCUCCCUCUCUUUCCAUGAGAACACCAGAGGGUCAGAGUCCACAAACCAGGAAUGUAAGCUUACGUCAUGCAGACUGUGCUUUUUCCCAGGAUUCAUAUCCAACAGUAUGGGGGAUCAAGCUAGACAAUGUCUAGGUUAAGUUAUGAACAAGAAAUUAAUGUUUUUAUUCUAAAGCAAUAAGUUACGAGAGAUUGUGCUAUAUUGUGCAUGCAACCAAUUCUGCCAUGACUAUAUUCACAAUGAAGCAUGACCAUAAGUGUCUUGUUGCUUUUAUAAAAUGUAAAGGACUCAAACUUUCAUUAAAAAUGUAUUUUAUGGGGCCUGGGUAGCUCAGUGAGUAAAGACGCUGACUAUCACACCUGGAGUCGUGAGUUCGAAUCCCAGGGCAUGCUGAGUGACUCCAGUCAGGUCUCCUAAGCAACCAAAUUGGCCCGGUUGCUAGGGAGGGUAGAGUCACAUGGGGUAGCCUCCUUGUGGUCACUAUAAUGUGGUUCUCGCUCUCGGUGGGGCGCUUGGUGAGUUGUGCGUGGAUGCCGCAGAGAAUAGCGUGAAGCCUCCACACAUGCUACGUCUCCAUGGUAACACGCUCAACAAGACACAUGAUAAGAUGCACGGAUUGACGGUCUCAGACGCGGAGGUAACUGAGAUUCGUCCUCCACCACCCAGAUUGAGGCGAGUCACUAUGCCACCAUGAGGACUUAGAGCGCAUUGGGAAUUCCAAAUUGGGGAGAAAAAGUGGAGAAAAAAAGUAUUUUAUUAGCAAAUUCCCUCAUUACUCUACACUCAAAAAAUAAUAAUUUUAAGAUUGCAUUUCAAUUUCAUAACUAAAUUCAAUCAAAUUGAAUUGAAUAAUCUUUUACAAAAUAACAUAUAUUAAAAAACAAAUAUUUAAAGUUUUAUUAAUUUAAUUUUAUUAAAAUUACACAAUUCAAUUUGAUGGAAUUUUGUUAUAAUAUUAAAAUGCGUAAAUCAUAAAUAUAUAUAUAUAUAUAUAUGCAUAAAUUGCAAAGCAACGGUGUUAACAUUCUAUUCAUUCAAUGUACACUACCGGUCAAAAGUUUUGAAACACUUGACUGAAAUGUUUCUCAUGAUCUUGAAAAUCUUUUGAUCUGAAGGCGUAUGAUUAAAUGUUUGAAAUUAGUUUUAUAGACAAAAAUAUUAUUGUGCCACCAUAUUAAUUUAUUUCAUUAUAAAACUAAAAUGUCAUUUAAAAAAAAAAAGUUUUUGAAAUUGAUGACUUGGACCAAAUAAUAAAGAAAAGCAGCCAAUAAGUGCCCAACAUAGAUGGGAACUCCUUCAAUACUGUUUAAAAAGCAUCCCAGGGUGAUACCUCAAGAAGUUGGUUGAGAAAAUGUCAAGAGUACAUGUCUGCAAAUUCUAGACAAAGGGUGACUACUUUGAAGAUGCUCAAAUAUAACACAGUUUUGAUUUAUUUUGCAUUUUGUUUAGUCACAACAUAAUUCCCAUAGUUCCAUUGAUGUUAUUCCAUAGUUUUGAUGACUUUACUAUUAUUCUAAAAUGUGGGGGAAAACUAUAAUAAAGAAUGAGUGUUUCAAAGCUUUUGACCGGUAGUGUAGAUUGAAUGAAUAAUAUGUUAAUAACGUUGCUUUGCAACAUAAAUAACGAUUAGUUGCUAUUAGUUGAAUAAGGUGAACAGGUGUUUUGUGUCAUAGCUCUUACCAUAUUGUGUACAGUUUAGCGCCGCUGGUAGGGGUAGGGGAGCUGGUUUAAAAUAAAGGGAGCAUGAAAAGAUGUGAAUAUUGUGUCUUAAAUAGAAUACAACAUCAUCAAACCUUCAACAUAAUCCAUUUAAGUGUAACAGUAGAUUUUGGCCCAUCUAUUAUGAUAUGAAUAAUAUCUUUCUAUAAUUUGGCUUGUGUUACUGUGUAUCCUUGGCCUUUUUUUCCAACCCUGUCUAUUUUCUAUUUCAUUUGUUUUACAGGUAACUGCUUCAGACCUCAUGAUCUAGUAUUGCACAGUGUAUAAGUUGAGUUAUAUACCAGUUACUCCACCUUUGACAGUGUUUCGAUAUUAUGUUUCAAAAUGCUAUAACUUCAUGUUUCAAAAAGUCAUUGGUGAGAAUAGUAUGUGAUAUAAAAUAUUAAAGACUGCUGUGUGAAGCGCAUAGCUCUUUGGACAAAAAAAGUACUUGGGAAAAAUAAACGGAUUACACAUUGUUCCUGUCUGUUGCACUGAAGAGGACACAGCAGUUCUUAUAUUUGAUGAUAUGAGAUGGCCCUCUGUGAAUUUUUGAUAUUACAAUAUUUUGUUGUCCCCUGUUGAUGUAAUGACAAACAAUUAAGUUUCUUUGUGGUGUAAUAAUGAUUUAUGUUAUGAUGUUAGUGCAAGGGCUGCCUAAGAACUUUUAUAACAACAUAGUCAGACUUUGUACUUAAAUUGGUCUAGCAAGAAAAAAGCAUUUCAUCAUUCUCUGUAAAUAUUUUAAACCUCUGUACAUGUUGUUAAAUUUGUUGUAUUUUUAUUUUUUGCUUUACAAGUGCAUGUUUGCAACUGAUAUUUUGCCAUUUAAAAGAACGACUAAUUCAUAGGAAAAACCAACACAACACAAUUUUCUACUUUGUAAUCCUUUUUAUAUUAAAAGAGGGACAUAUGUCAUCAUUGUUCUAGUUUGAGUAUGUGCGUUUGUUGUUGUCAUUGCAUGUAUGCAGGGCUCAACAAUAAGGAUGGCAGCUGACCCAGGGUCAGCGCCAGAGAGUUUCGGGACAGUUGAUGAAACGUCACUUACCCAAUCAGGCCAGUGCUUCAUUGUUAGUACAUCUUAUAUUCAUUGAUCUUAAACAUUUGUAUUUAUGUAUUGCAAACUUAAACAUAAAUGUGGUUUUCUGUGAUGUAUUGAA